AUGAGUAGAAGGAUGGAAGACCAACAACCUUUGAUUCAGCCAACCUUAAGGGUGACGCCAUCUAAUGUCUUACACAAUUACCAAAGCGGCGAUGCCCUAGGAACGGUAGCAAGAGAAUGGCCCUGUUCUGGGUGCGCUGGCGUUCUUGGCAUUGUACAUCUUUCCAUAGGUGUAAUACUUACACUCUUCGACAUGCUCACAAGUCCGGUGUCAAAUGCAUUCUUCGCCAUUUCCGCCGCCAUUCUGUACAUCGUCUGCGCAAUUCUUUGCUUCAUUGUCACAAGGCGUGAUGAUCGUUGUACUCAAAUCUUGCUUUUCCUCUUCUCGUCUGCAGCACUUGCAAUUUCUUGUGCCACUUUCCUGGAGAGUGCGAUUAUUCUCAACAAGUUGUGCACUCCGCUCGUCUGCGACCAGAGUAUGCUGGUCGUGCAUUCGAUUCUGGUGCUAAUCAGUCUCAGUGAAUUUCUCACUUGCUACUGCACAUUGGUCGUCUGCUUCCGAUCGUUACGCGGGGCUGUUGCGGUCAACAAAGCGUACUCACCAUAUAGCACCCUUAUCAUUGGUGACUACACGAUUUUAAAAAGGCCAGAACGUAUUUUUAGGCCACCGUUACCACAUAAAGUUGAUUUGAGGAGCUAA